AUGACAACAGAGGCAGGCUCCGAGACCGAGGUUAAGGAGAAAGCGGAGAAGUCCGCCGCCCCGCUCGACGAAUCGGAAAAGGCCACCGCCGAGACCCAGGAAGUGGCCGCCACUGAGGGCGAACCAGAGAGAGAGAAGGAAAAAGAGGGCAAAGGAAUAUCACGCUACCUGCCAACAUGGUUUAAAAAGCAGAAAUCGCAAAGCCAGACCUCCCCGACCAAGGAGGUGCCAUCACCCGAGAAGCCCGCCAGCAAUCAGGAGGAGGUCCCGGAAGUGAACGGACACGCAGAGGAAGUGGAAGAGAAGGAGGCGCUCAGUCCGGUACAGGAGCAAGUCAAAGAAAAGGAAGGCGAGUCCCAUUCCAACGCCAGCGCAGACACAGAGCCUGCCGGGGAAGAGAAAGUCGAGGAGAAGAACGUCGAGGGCACCAAGGCCGCAAGUGAAGAAGGAGUCGAGGAGGAGCAACCAGAAAAGAAGGAGCGGGCAAACGGAGGUGAAGGCCAGACCUCCAUUUUCCAGUCGCCGCUGCGUUUGGUGAGGAAGAGCAAGAUGAAAUUGGUGGUGUGUCACGUGACCCUGUUGGACGGUUCCGACUUCACCUGCGAGGUGGAGCAAAAGCGUGCCAAGGGUCUGUUCCUGUUCUUUAAAGUGUGCGAGCACCUCAAUUUGCUGGAGAAGGACUACUUUGGUCUCACAUACAAUGACAACCAUGAUCAGAAGUGCUGGUUGGACCCCACCAAGGAAAUUAAGAGACAAAUUCGCAGUAACAAUUGGCAGUUCGCAUUCAACGUCAAGUUCUACCCACCUGAUCCCUCGCUGCUCACUGAAGAUAUCACAAGGUACCUGUUGUGUCUGCAGCUCCGUGAAGACGUGGCGUCCGGUCGACUGCCUUGCUCAUUUGUCACUCACGCACUUCUGGGCUCGUACACACUGCAGGCAGAAUUUGGUGACUACGAACCCGACCAGACUCGUCCUCUGGACUACAUCAACCAGCUGACUUUUGCCCCCAAUCAGAGCAAAGAAAUGGAGGAGAAGAUUCUGGAGCUACACAAGUCCCACAAGGGAAUGACACCAGCGCAGGCCGACACGCAGUUUCUAGAAAAUGCCAAGAAGUUGUCCAUGUACGGGGUGGACCUGCACCACGCUAAGGAUUCUGAGGGGGUGGACAUCAUGCUUGGAGUGUGCGCCAACGGACUCUUGGUCUACAAGGACCGGCUUCGAAUAAAUCGCUUCGCCUGGCCCAAAAUCCUCAAAAUUUCAUACAAGAGAAACAACUUUUACAUCAAAAUCAGACCCGGAGAGACAGAACAAUUUGAAAGCACCGUAGGAUUCAAACUACAGAAUCAUCGCUCUGCUAAACGGCUGUGGAAAGUUUGCGUGGAGAACCACAGUUUCUUCAGGCUCAACGCACCAGAGCCCCCCACCACUCCGCGCUUCCUAACACUGGGCUCCAAGUUCCGCUACAGCGGGCGCACGCAAACCCAAACACGCUUGGCCAGCACCCUCAUCGACCGGCCCGCGCCCACUUUCGAGCGCACUUCGUCUAAACGCAUCAGCCGCAGUCUAGAUGGAGCACCAAUGAUAAGCAUAACAGAGGCCCGGGACACCACUGAGAAUGGACACGACCCCCACCUGGAUCUCCACUCUGACUCCAAGAGUGGUCCAAUGAAAGUGCGUGUGGAUAAUAUUUAUGUGAGGCACAGUAAUUUGAUGUUAGAGGACCACGAUAAGACCCAAGAAGAAGUACUGAAACACCAAGCUAGCAUUAGCGAGCUCAAGCGCUCUUUUAUGGAGGCGCCGCCUCCCUCGCCUCCUCAGCUCAACCAGUGGGAGAAGCGCAUCACUUCCUCUCCUGCCACCGCCACGCGCGGUCAGCAGCCGACAGCGGAUGGUCCGCCGGUGGUAAAGACCGAAAUGGUGACAAUAUCGGACACGUUCGCGGCGCAAAAGACCGAGAUCGCGACCAAGGAAGUGCCCAUCGUGCACACGGAAACCAAGACCAUCACGUACGAGGCCGCACAGCUGGACGGAAGCGGCGACGGAGAGCCCGGAGUUCUGAUGACCGCUCAGACAAUCACCUCGGAAUCCCUGUGCACCACUACAACCACGCACAUCACCAAGACAUUAAAAGGCGGCCUGUCAGAGACGAGGAUCGAGAAGCGCAUCGUCAUCACUGGAGACUGCGAUAUCGACCACGACGAGGCUCUGGCCCAGGCCAUUAAGGAGGCCAAAGAGCAACAUCCUGACAUGUCUGUCACCAGAGUGGUGGUUCAUAAAGAGACCGAGCUGGCCGAAGAGGAGGAUUGA